CGUAGCCGACUUGGUGUCGCGGAUAGCUAGACAGUGGCGGAGGUCCGGAGCACAACCUGGACCCGAGCGGGGGGCCAUGGAGAAAGCGGCCCGAGGCGCUCUUCAUAUCUACUAGAGCAGGCGUGUUGCGGCUGCAGGCGCCAUGGACCGAGCCCCAACAGACCAGAAUGUCAAGCUUUCAGCUGAGGUAGAGCCGUUUAUUCCCCAGAAGAAGAAUCCUGAUACGUUUAUGAUCCCUAUGGCUCUCCCAAACGAUAACGGAAGUGUUUCUGGUGUAGAACCAACUCCAAUUCCCAGCUACUUGAUUACGUGUUAUCCAUUUGUUCAGGAAAACCAGUCCAAUAGGCAAUUUCCUUUAUAUAAUAAUGAUAUACGAUGGCAACAGCCCAACCCAAAUCCUACUGGACCAUACCUUGCCUACCCCAUUAUAUCUGCUCAGCCACCUGUUUCUACAGAGUAUACGUAUUAUCAGCUGAUGCCAGCACCAUGCGCCCAAGUUAUGGGUUUCUAUCAUCCUUUUCCUACACCUUACUCCAACACCUUUCAGGCUGCAAAUACUGUAAAUGCUAUCACCACAGAAUGCACUGAGCGUCCAAAUCAGCUUGGACAGGUCUUUCCGUUGUCCAGUCAUCGAAGCAGAAACAGUAACAGAGGACCAGUAGUACCAAAACAACAGCUUUUACAGCAGCACAUAAAAAGCAAAAGACCACUGGUGAAAAAUGUAGCUACUCAGAAAGAAACAAAUGCAGCAGGUCCUGAUAAUCGAUCAAAAAUUGUGCUUCUGGUAGAUGCUUCACAACAAACUGAUUUUCCUUCAGAUAUUGCUAACAAGUCUCUCUCAGAGAGCACUGCCACAAUGCUUUGGAAGUCCAAAGGCAGGAGGAGAAGAACUUCCCACCCCACUGCUGAAUCCUCUAGUGAACAGGGGGCGAGCGAAGCCGACAUUGACAGUGAUAGUGGUUACUGCAGUCCCAAACACAACAACAACCAGCCUGCUGCAGGGGCUUUGAGAAAUCCUGAUUCUGGGACCAUAAAUCAUGUGGAAUCAUCUGUAUGUGCAGGUGGUGUAAAUUGGUCCAGUGUAACUUGCCAGGCAACUCAGAAGAAACCCUGGUUGGAAAAAAAUCAGGCGUUUUCCAGAGGUGGAAGGCAAACGGAACAAAGAAAUAAUUCACAGGUUGGAUUCAGAUGCCGAGGCCACAGUACUUCCUCAGAAAGAAGACAGAAUUUGCAAAAGAGACAAGAUAAUAAGCAUUUAAAUCCUAGUCAGACCCAUAGAAGUGACCCGAAUUCUGAGUCUUUAUAUUUUGAGGAUGAAGGUGGAUUUCAAGAACUACAUGAAAAUGGAAAUGCUAAGGAUGAGAAUAUUCAACAGAAACUUUCUUCAAAAGUAUUGGAUGAUUUACCUGAAAACUCACCAAUCAAUAUAGUUCAGACUCCAAUUCCCAUUACCACUUCAGUUCCUAAACGUGCAAAAAGUCAGAAGAAGAAAGCUUUAGCAGCAGCUCUUGCCACAGCUCAAGAAUAUUCAGAAAUAAGUAUGGAGCAAAAAAAAUUACAGGAAGCUUUAUCAAAAGCAGCUGGAAAAAAGAAUAAAACACCUGUGCAGCUAGAUUUAGGGGACAUGUUAGCUGCUCUGGAAAAACAACAAGCAGCAAUGAAAGCGCGGCAGAUUACUAAUACCCGACCUCUGUCAUAUACAGUGGUUACUGCAACUUCUUUUCACACUAAAGACUCUACUAACAGAAAACCUUUAACAAAAAGCCAACCCUGCUUGACAUCUUUUAACUCUUUGGAUAUUACUUCCUCUAAAACAAAAAAAGGAAAAGAGAAGGAAAUUGCAAAACUAAAACGACCUACAGCACUUAAAAAGGUUAUUUUGAAAGAAAGAGAGGAAAAGAAGGGACGUUUAACUGUGGACCACAAUCUUUUGGGAUCUGAGGAGCCAACAGAAAUGCAUUUAGAUUUUAUUGAUGAUUUGCCACAGGAGAUCAUUUCCCAGGAAGAUACUGGACUGAGCGUGCCCAGUGAUACUUCACUUUCUCCAGCAAGUCAGAAUUCUCCAUACUGCAUGACACCUGUGUCACAAGGCUCUCCUGCCAGUUCUGGGAUAGGCAGUCCAAUGGCAUCAUCAACAAUAACCAAAAUCCAUAGCAAAAGAUUUAGAGAGUAUUGUAAUCAGGUUCUUUGUAAAGAGAUUGAUGAAUGUGUGACCCUUCUUCUCCAAGAACUUGUCAGUUUUCAGGAACGCAUCUACCAAAAGGAUCCUGUAAGAGCAAAAGCACGAAGACGGCUGGUUAUGGGUCUAAGGGAGGUCACCAAACAUAUGAAGUUAAAUAAGAUCAAGUGUGUUAUAAUAUCUCCAAACUGUGAAAAAAUACAGUCAAAAGGUGGACUGGAUGAGGCUCUCUACAAUGUCAUAGCUAUGGCACGGGAACAAGAAAUUCCUUUCGUGUUUGCUCUUGGAAGAAAAGCUCUAGGACGCUGUGUGAACAAGCUGGUUCCUGUUAGUGUAGUGGGAAUCUUCAACUACUUUGGUGCUGAGAGCCUGUUUAAUAAAUUAGUAGAACUCACUGAGGAAGCCAGGAAAGCAUAUAAAGAUAUGGUUGCAGCAAUGGAACAAGAACAGGCUGAAGAAGCCUUAAAAAAUGUGAAAAAGGUACCACACCACAUGGGGCAUUCUCGGAACCCCUCUGCAGCAAGUGCUAUUUCUUUUUGCAGUGUUAUUUCUGAACCUAUCUCUGAAGUAAAUGAAAAGGAAUAUGAAACAAAUUGGAGAAACAUGGUGGAAACUUCAGAUGGACUGGAAACAUCAGAAAAUGAGAGAGAGGUUUCCUGUAAGCACAGCAGUUCUGAAAAACCCAUUAAACUUCCACUUGACACAACUCAUGUUGGUAAGCAACCAUCAUUAGUGUCUGCAGGCAGUACUACCUCAGCUACAGAUCCUGGGAAAUCUACAGCAGGCGAUAAAGAGGAAGUGAAGCCAGAUGACCUGGAAUGGGCCUCACAACAGAGUACAGAGACAGGCUCUUUGGAUGGCAGUUGCCGAGAUCUUUUAAAUUCCUCUAUCACCAGCACCACCAGCACUCUUGUACCUGGCAUGCUUGAAGAAGAGGAUGAUGAAGAUGAGGAAGAGGAGGAAGAUUAUACUCAAGAACCCAUAUCAGUAGAAGUGCAGCUUAAUAGUAGAAUUGAGUCAUGGGUCUCAGAGACCCAGAGAACUAUGGAAACCCUUCAGCUUGGAAAAACCCUUAAUGGUUCUGAGGAAGACAAUGUAGAGCUAGGUGGAGAAGAGGAAGCAGAAGCAUCUGAAAUGUUGGAGCCAGGGAUGGACAAUGAAGCAUGGACUCCUGACCAACAAGCCAAUCCUGAGCAGGAGAAGUCCAGCAACUGCAGCUCCAUGAACAAAGAACAGUCUGAUUCUAAUUCUACACCCCAAAAUAUAUAACUCAGGAAAUGUCAGCUAUCUCCCAGCCAUGUAAGGGUUGCAGCCAUUACCUUUUAUGCUUCAUCUCAACAUUUAGCACUGUCUAGUAGUUAUAUGUGUUUAAUACCCAACAAAUAUUUUUGUAGCUUUUAUGUGUUCAUUAUGAUCUAUAGCUUAACUUUUAAUUAGCAUCAAAGUGUAUUUCUAAGGACUGUGCAGAAAAUUCAGAUCUGUUUCACCUUAUUUUAUAAUGAAAAAUGAUUUUAAAAAAAAGACAACCAAGUUUUAAAGAAAAUAAAUUAAAAAUGCCUAUUUAAGGUCAUUUUGAAAGCUUAAGAUGAAAGUUCUAAGGAUAAAAGCGGUUGCCAAUGUUUGUUUCAUGACUACAACUCCUUUACUCAAUAUGUCUGAUUAAAAAGUUUAAAAAAAAAAAAAAAAAAAAAAGAGGUGAAGUUAGACUCAAACUUAAAGACUGAAGUUAACAAGUCCACAAAAUGUAUACAUUAAAAAAUUGAUGAAGCUAUCAUUUGACCCACAAAUGCUUACUUUAGAGGUCACUGGUCAUUAUAAUCCAUUAAAGGGAUGGGCUAAAACAGAGCCUCCAGAAUUUAGCAGUGGCGCCACUCAGAUAGAUUAGAACUGGCUGGCCUCAUUUGUAGAAAAUGAUAAAUGUCAUUUAUGAUAGUGAACAGUCACCCAUGAUAGGACCUGUCAGGUUCUAUCUUGUAUUUGCUUCUUACUUACCUCAGGAAUGCUUUUGUACAUAGUCUUAUUUACAUAAAGUUAGACAAAUUUUGACAGGUGAAUAACUGUAACUGAUUGUAUGACUGCAGCACUUACAUGUAAGCUAUCCUGAAAAGUCUAUUCUGGUAUGUUCUCUUGCAUGCUUCUGGUUCAGGACACUCUUGAUUUGAGAUAUGGAUUUGAUUGGGCAUUCAAACUUGUCCUGAGUGCAAAACCAUUUCAUCUUUUUUUAAAUAUACAUUUCAAGCCUAGCCUUGAGAACCUUCCACAUAGCAACCACCAUAGUUACUGAAAGGAAAAGGAAUUUUGCACAAUUCAUAACAUGUAUCCUAAUAAUCAAGGCUCAGAAGAGGAAGUUUUAGAAGAACAGAGAAAGUUGUUCUAAUUGUGCUGAACCUAUUAGAUGACUUAUAUACAGGUAUUUUUUAUUCACUAUUAUUUAUCUCUGCCCUUCUCUAAGAGUGUGUGUACUUGCUUGGGAGAAAUUAAACUUACUGAGCUUAAUGUUUUAUUUGCUAGCCCAUCAUCACCUGAACUUUAGUGAUAUCUACAAGUUUAUGAAAUGGUAAGAAAAUUACAAAUUAUCCAUUUCUCUGUCUUCCCUCUACCACCUCCUCCAUCUCCAGCUGACCAACAUGCAUGUGCUUGAUCAGCUUUCCACUUAUAAGCUCCCAUAAGCAGAUGCAAAAUUGAGGAGGGAGUGUUAUUUCCUUGCCCUGAUUAUAUGGGGCAGGGUAUUGCCUCACAGAGGCAGAAGAGAAGAGUUGGGCAGAUUCUUUACUGAACUUAUUGGGACUACUGUGCUAAUUUUGAUGUUUUAUGAUGCUGGCACUUAAUUACUGGAGAGAUUAGAUUCUUGGUUGGUAAUAUAGUACUUGUGACUUAGGAAAGUUUAGGAGCGUUGCUGUAUAGAAAACGUCAGUCUGUCAGCUUUAUUAGUGUUCUAAAUGGAGACAUUAUUAUGCUGUCCUGUCAGCACUGUUCUCCAGUGUAGACUUCCUAGGCACUAAUUAUCCAAUACUUAAAGGAACACAGCAUGUAAGGAAUGAAGCCUCUGAAAUAGUUAUCAUGGAUUUAUAUGUGGCAGAUCUUACUGUCUCUACACAUUUGGAAGUGUUAGUUUGUUUAAAGAAAUGAUAGAGGUUUUGAACUACUGACAGUCUUAAAAGUGAAUUGAAAAACUUUACAUACUUUUUAUGGUGUUAAUUUCCUUUACUCCAUGUCAGUGAUUCAGAUAACUCUUGAUCUUGAGGUAAUGGCUUUUCAAAGGUUUCUUAUAUUUUGUAUCUCUUCUGAACAUGAAUCACCAUUUUAGAUUUUUGACAUUUGUAUCAAAAGAGAAGUUGGGGAAAUCUUCAAAACACCAAUAAUUUAAUUUUGCUAUAGACUUUGGAAGUAUUUGAUUAUGUUUGAUAAAUGCUCUCACGCAUGCAGUACCUCUUCUGCCAGCAAAACCAAGGGACCAUAGCCUUUUUUAUAUGAGACAGGUCACUUCUAGAGGACAACCCAAGAUUUAUUAAAGAAAAUGCUAUUAUGUUGAGAGUAUACUUAAAUAUGUAUUAAUGAUGUCUUUAUAAUUUGUUUCUUUAGUUAAAUUUUGGAAUUUGUGUAUAUUGAACUAUAGGCUUUGGGUGAGGUAUGAGAAAUAUAAAAGUUUUAUUUUUGGAAGUUGUGUGGUUCACUCUUUGGAGACCCAAAAAGAGAUCUCUUGGUAAGAGUAAGGGUUCAUCAGCACAAGAAGUAAAAACGUGGUGAUUUUUUUCUUAGUGUAUAGUUGUUUUACUGGCAAUUCGUAAUGUUAGAUUUCUAUUUCAGUACAUAGGUAUAUCAAUUACGGUAUGAAUUACACUCCCCAAAUUAGAUUUCUGCUUCAGUAGAUUUGUUUGCUGUGAAGAUUACUUCUCAAAAGACAAAUGUUCAUAUUAGCUUAAUUUUUUGGUUUAAAUAUGUUUGUAAAUGAUGUAAUAUAUUUCUUUUGACUAAACAUGGAAAAAUAAUGUGUGUUAUAUUGAAAAGUUUUUACAGGCUUUGACUGGAGGUCAUUUUUGCAGAGAUGGUAUUUUAUAUGCUUCCAGUAUUUGGAAAAGAAUUAGUCAAAAGGAAUUCACAUAGUUUAAAUAUUGAUAAAUUAAUAUCCAAAUAAUGUACUUGUUUGAUUUCUUAAUGAACUGGGGGAGGUGGGUGGGGUGGGAAUUAUAAUGUGCAAAUGAGUAGUGAUCUCUACAUUAAUUUUCAACUCUUAACAUAAAACUGCUAAACCGUAACACAUUGUUACUUUAAUAUAUGUAUAAAGAAGUAUUACUGUUUGUAAAGCUGCCGUUGGCUUUAAAAAAAAAAAAAAGAACUCAUCAUAUAAGUAUUUUCUGUAUGUUGUGCCAACAGGAUAGAA